AUGGAGCCAUUACUGACCAACAUUUCCCAGUGGGUAUCGUUGAGCAACAGGUCUUCGUCGGAGGGCGGUGAAUCAGCCGCAGCCCUGGGAGCUGUGCUGAGCCUCAUGUGUGCCACAGGAGUGGCUGGAAAUCUUUAUGCUCUAGCCAUCGUGCGGGUCUCCCCUGCGGCCUCCUCGCUGCGCGUCCACCUGGUCAACCUGGCCCUGGCAGACCUGCUGUACUUGUUGACAGCCCCCUUCAUCGUCCACAAUGGGCUAGUGAAGGAUUGGCCUUUUGGCGAAGUGGGCUGCCGGAUUCUCCUCAGCCUGGACCUCCUCACCAUGCACGCCAGCAUCUUCCUGCUUACCCUCAUGAGCUGUGAACGCUACACGGCCGUGGUGCACCCCUUCCAGGCUGCAAGCCGGGCCCGGAGAGGCCGCCGACUGCUGGCGAUCGCCAUAUGGCUCCUGUCCUUUGCUCUGGCCCUCCCCAUGAUGGUGAUGAUCCAUCAGGAGGAGCGUGCGGUGGGAGAGGAAGCGGUCGUCCGGCGCCUCUGCUCCCCCACCUGGAGUGAGGAGCAGUACAGGCUGUAUUUGACGAUCCUGUUCACCACCAGCAUCGUGGCCCCGGGCAUCGUCAUUGUGUCCCUCUACUGGCGCCUGGCAAGGACUUACUGGCUCUCACAGACCCGUGGUGGCUUGGGUCGUUCUCCCAAGAACCGUGUUUUCCUUCUUAUCCUUGUCAUCGUUCUGGCCUUCUGGGCUUGUUAUUUACCCUUCUGGGUCUGGCAGCUCCUUCCUUUGUACUGCCCGUCAGCAGCUCACUUGCCCGUCCACACGGAGAUCUCCAUCAACCAUUUGGUGACCUGCUUGACUUACGGCAACAGCUGCAUCAACCCAUUCUUGUACACUUUGUUGACACGCAACUACCGUGAAUACCUGCAUGCUCGCCAGAGGGGAACCUCACGGCCGUCCCUGCAGCGUCUCCAAAGCAGAGGCAGGCUGCAGAGAGAAGGCGCAGACGUUGUGUGA